AUGGGAAGUCUCCUGGUUGCCGCAUGCCUUGUACACCAGACCUACAUCGCCCUCACUCGCACGCGCACAACACGUCUUCGUGGUCCAAAGUCUGAAAGCUGGCUGUGGGGCUUCCAAGGUAUCCUGUUUCGCCCUGAUGGACCCGCCCUGUACGAACAGUGGAUGACGGAGUAUGGCUCGGUAUUCCAGUACAACGUCGCCCUUGGCAAGAAGAGGGUCGUCCUUGCGGAUCCCAAAGCUGUUGCGCACUUCUAUGCACACGAAACAUUCACAUAUCAGCAGAAUCCUUUCGCGAGACAUUUCCUUGCAAAUCUGUUCGGGAAGGGUAUCCUAUGGGCUGAAGCCGACAACCACAAGCGCCAACGCAAGAUCUUGACCCCUGCGUUCAGCAAUCAUGCUAUCAAGGAGCUCACGUCUGUAUUCUAUGACUCCGUAUACAAGGCAAAGGCUGCAUGGGAUGCGCUGUUGGAUGCGUCCAAAACAAGCGAUGUCGUGAUCGACGUGCAGGACUGGAUGAACCGCAUCUCGCUCGAUUCGAUCGGCAUCGCCGGCUUCUCACAUGACUUCCGCACACUGCAAGGACAAAAAGCCGAGGUUGCAGAAGCGUUCCAGUCAUUUGGCGCUACGAAACCGUCUAAGGCGUUCAUGAUAAUCAUCAUGUUUGCUCAGUUCUUCCCAAUUCUGCUGAACAUUCCUUCGAGCCGGAAUGCCCGUAUCAAGAAACUUGAUGAGAGUAUGACGAAGAUCGCGGACGAACUACUCGAUGAGGGGAGGAAGGCUGAGGACGAGGAAGGCGGAAAGACGAAGGCACGGAGUUUGAUUGGAACGCUCGUAAAGGCAGAGAAGACGGAAAGGAACGACUCGGACGCGGGGCUAUAUCUCCAGCCCGAUGAGGUCCUUGCUCAGAUGAAGACGCUUGUCCUAGCCGGAUACGAGACAACAUCCAUCUCUCUCACCUGGGCGCUUAUCGAGCUCUCGAACCACCCAGACAAGCAGGAUAAGCUGCGCGAAGAGCUUGUGCGACUUGGAACAGACGCCACCUACGACGAGCUUCAUAAUAGCACCUUGCCUUAUCUAGACGGUGUUGUCCGGGAGGUGCUGCGGCUCCAUCCAGCCUUGUCAGAAACAUCUCGCGAAGCAGCCGAGGAUGACAUUGUUCCACUCUCCCGGCCCAUCACGACCGCGAACGGACAGCAAGUGGAUAAAAUCACUAUCGCCGCGAACACUCCGAUUCUAAUUCCGAUCUCGGCGAUCAACCGGUCCAAGGAACUUUGGGGACCGGAUGCGUCAGACUUUGUGCCUGAGCGCUGGAUCGGCGAAGAAGGGUUGAAGGGCAGGCGGGCAAUGGAAAUUCAAGGCUGGGGACAUCUUCUCACAUUCGUGGAUGGUCCCAGGACUUGUCUGGGCCGUGGUUUCGCUGUCGCGGAGUUCAAGGCCGUUCUCUCCACUCUAAUUCGGAAUUUCAUCUUCGCUCCGAGAGAUGUGGAGGGCAUUAAGCUCGGCCGAGCUCGCACGUUGCUUCCUCGCCCCAAGCUGGAGGGAGAGGAAGGCAUUCGUCUGCCACUUCGGGUGAGGAGGGUAGAAUGA